AGAAAUACGCUGAAGUUAACAAUAUUAUAACAUUCGGUUUUGAAAUACGUUGCCACAAACAACAAAAAUCCAAAUUUUUUGUCAUUUCAAUUUUUGGAAAGGAUUUAAAAUUUAUUUGUUUGCUAAUGUUGCCUCAGCUGCUCCGCCGCCAUCAUAUGGUACGCUCUGCGCUCAUUAGCCGGCGACGUUUUGCAUGCGAAUCAACCAGUACAAAAGAUGAUAUCAUAGUGGACUUCGAAGAUCCUGAUUUGCCAUUGCCCGAGUAUCCCAAGCGUCCUGAUGAGCCAUUAGACGCGCGCAAGCAACGUUUGAUGUAUCAAUCACGCAAACGGGGUAUGCUUGAGAACGAUCUGCUUCUAAGCACAUUUGCGCACAAAUAUCUGAAGGAUUUCAAUGCCCAUCAGACGGCGCUCUACGACGAGCUUAUCAAUGGCGUGAGCAACGAUUGGGACCUCUACUAUUGGGCAACGCGCGUUAAGCCAACGCCCGCGAAAUACGAUACAGAGAUCAUGAAGCUGCUGAAGUUGCACGUUGAUAAUGCGGAUAGGGUCACGCGCCUUAGGCAGCCAGAGUUGACCUACUACUCGCACCGUUGAACAUCUAAUUUUAAUUACUAGUUUUUUUUUUUUUUAAAGGGAAAACGUAAACAAGGCGACAAUACUUGCGGUCCGCCUUGGGUAUAGUUUUCCCAGUGGCUACUCCCCCACCUUUCGGUUUCGCGCUUUAGGCUUAAGUAUUUCGUUUUACGUUUGACGAAUUGAACAAGAACAAAGCUUGCUGCAGAAUAUGUGG